UAUAAGGUCAUUUGAAUUACGCUUGCUAGCGAGCUUAUCGGCUACAAUGAACCCAGAAAUGAUAUCAAUGAUUGUGACAAUGAACGGAUGAUGAUCGCGAGGUCAAAGUCGACACGCGCGGCCAGGCGGAUUUGACGCCCGAGCGGCAGGAGGAGAAGAGAGGAGAGGAGCAGCAGCUCGUCGUGGUAUUAACAACAGGAGGGGAUCCCGGUGCGUGUGUCCGUCCCUGUGAGCGUUUCUGUGAGCCUCUGUCAAGCCAAGCGAGCGGCGGCGAGUAGCGGAGGGGUCGACCAGGCUAGCCUCUAAGCCGAUCAAGGCGGAAUCGCUCACAACCAGUUCAAGUCCUGGGAUUUCCGCGCAUCUACAUGCUGUAACGGCGUCAGCCAGGUGCAAGGAUGAUGCGUCUCGCGUGCUGCACGGUCCUGCUGUUUGUGCUGAGGCUGCUGGUGGGCUUGCCUUGGUACCAGGUCCUCCCGGCCAUGCUGAUCUUCUACCUGGGGAGCGGAGGAUGGCGCUUCCUGCAGAUUUUUGCCAAAACAGUCCACAGAGACUUACAUGCUGCAUAUGUGUUGUUGCGGGUGAAAAUGAAUGUCAGACGUCACCUCAAAGAGAAGAACACCAUUCCUAAGAUCUUUGCGGAGACAGUGCGCCGCCACGGGGACAAAACAGCACUGAUCUUUGAGGGGACAGGGGAGAGGUGGACCUUCAAUCAGCUGGAUGAGUACUCCAACAGAGUGGCUAACAUGCUGCUGGAAAGAGGUUUCAGGGAGGGUGACGUUGUGGCCCUUUUCAUGGAGAACAGGUCCCAGUAUGUUGGCCUCUGGCUGGGUAUGGCCAAGAUCGGAGUCGAAGCUGCUCUCAUCAACUUUAAUUUGAGACUGGAGGCCUUGGUCCACUGUGUUACCAUCUCCAAUGCCAAGGCUGUGGUGUUUGGCGCAGAGCUGACUGACGCGGUGUCAGAGGUCCACAGCUCAAUGGGGACCAAAGUGCAAGUGUUUUGUUGCGGAGACUUGGACCCCAAACGAGUCCCACCUGGAACCGAGUGCCUGGAGCCCCUGCUGGACAGUGCCCCAUCUCAUCUGCCAAGCCGGCCACAACGCUGCUUCACCGAUCGCCUGUUCUACAUCUACACGUCAGGAACCACUGGGAUGCCUAAAGCUGCUAUUGUUGUGCACAGCAGGUACUACCGCAUGGCAGCUUUGGUGUAUUAUGGCUUUAGGAUGACACCAGAUGAUGUGUUGUAUGAUUGCCUUCCACUCUACCACUCUGCAGGAAACAUUGUGGGAGUGGGCCAGUGUAUAAUACACGGUAUGACUGUAGUGAUCAGAAAGAAGUUCUCUGCUUCGCGUUUCUGGGAUGACUGUGUCAAAUACAACUGCACUAUUGUGCAGUACAUCGGUGAGAUCUGCCGAUACCUGCUGAACCAGCCCAUACGGGACACAGAAAAGCAACAUUGCGUCCGCAUGGCGCUUGGUAAUGGCCUGCGACAAUCCAUAUGGGAGGAGUUCAUGAACCGUUUUAAUAUACCCCAGAUCGCCGAGUUCUACGGAGCCACAGAGUGCAACUGCAGCCUGGGCAACUUUGACAACAAGGUCGGAGCAUGCGGCUUCAACAGUCAGAUUAUGCCUUUCAUCUACCCCAUCAGACUGGUGAGGGUUGACGAAGAGACCAUGGAGCUCAUUAGAGGGCCUGAUGGUGUCUGUAUUCCCUGUAAACCCGGUGAGCCUGGCCAGCUCGUUGGCAGAAUCAUCCAGAACGAUCCUCUGCGGAGGUUUGACGGCUACGUCAACCAAACAGCCACUAGCAAGAAGAUUGCCCACAGUGUCUUCAAGAAGGGAGACAGUGCCUAUCUCUCUGGCGACGUAUUGAUCAUGGAUGAGUACGGCUCCAUGUACUUCAAGGACCGCACAGGAGACACUUUCCGCUGGAAAGGAGAGAACGUCUCAACGACUGAGGUGGAGGGGACUCUCAGCAGGCUGCUGGACAUGAAAGAUGUGGUGGUGUAUGGAGUGGAAGUACCAGGUGCAGAGGGAAAGGCUGGAAUGGCCGCCAUCGCCGAUCCGUCUCACUCGAGUGACCUGGACAAAUUUGUCAAAGACAUGGAAAAGGCUCUGCCUCCGUACGCCAGACCUGUAUUCCUCCGCUUUCUGCCAGAGGUCAAUAAAACAGGGACUUUCAAGUUUCAGAAAACGGACCUGCGUCGGGACGGCUUUGAUCCCACCGCAGUGUCUGACAGACUGUACUUCCUGGAUUCCAGCAGAGGGCGCUAUACGCAGCUGGACGAGGAGCUUUACCGCUCCAUACUGUCAGGGAAACACAAAUUGUGAUGACCAGGCUGAACACUACAUGUAAACAAACCCACUUCUACAGAAACAGAAAAAGACGACAAUAUUGUCUGACCAGGAGAGCAGAAGGAAGGACCUCAACCCCGCCUACAUGAAUGCAUCCAAGUAAUAGCCAUACAUACACUCCAAAUGCCAACACAUCAACAUAAAUGAACACAUGGACACAUUUAAUUCCCACCUUUUGCUCUUUAAAACCUCUUUAAAACAGACUUAUGCACGCCACAGACACUCAGACACAUUGCACCACUCCAUCCGUCCCUCCUGACUUUUCCGCGGCAACUUUCCUCUCGCUACCUCAGCAAACAGAGAGUCACAUACACCCUACAACCAGGUCUAUUUGGUAACUUGAAUGCACCUCUCAUAGCCACACAAUCCCCUGCCCACACCGGCUUCUAACAACCAUGCCUGUCCGUCCUGGUCCAGAUGUGUAGCUGGAGCACACAGCUGGUGUUUGGGCUGCAAACUUAGAGAAAUCACAGACUCAAAGUGUGCUGAAGACGAGCAUGGACAGCACAGACAGAGCCUCUCUCGGUCCUUUGCUUCAUCAUGAAGAUUGUUUUUGAAUGACUACAGCCUCCACCCCCUGACUGCACCUGCACAGUUAGCCAGCAGUGACACUCCUGUCUCAGUCUGAUAACUUUAUUUUUAUUCUUUUCAUUCAAAAGGGAACAACGUAAGGAUGUGAGGGAUUUAAAUUAGACCAGUGGUUGAAGCUGAAAGAUUCACUCAUGUGCAAUAGUGCUCCAGCAUUGGCAGUGCAAUAAUCAGCCACACCACAUAAGCGCUGAUAUAAAACAAGAGCUUUUUUUAUUUAAAUAUGUCUGCAUCACACCAAAUAUAUUUAAGUUGUAGUGUUUGUUUACAUAUUUAAGAAAUUAGAGAGUCUUAGUAAUUUAUUAUGUUGUAAAAGCUUUCUCCUUUUUUUCUAUAUCAGGUUGUUUUUGCUUUUAUGCAUUCUCCACAAACUGUAUUUUAUAUCAGCUGCUGGAACACAAAGUCAAGUGAUCUGACUGGUUCAACCCUGGGCUAAACACAUUGGAUUUUUCUUUCCCGUAAAUAGGAUGUUUUACACACUGAGCUGACAUGCAAUCUGCAGGUUUUGUCCCAAAAGUUACCUAUCAUAGGAUGUGCAUUUUCUUCCGAAAUACAUGAAGAGGACCUGACUGAAGACAGAGAGGCACCUGAUAGUCAAAACUGGUGUUUUCAUGUUUGUUUUUGGUGCUAAAAAGGGUUGCAAGUGAGCCGAAAGAUCCAAAGAUACAAAGGCGGGAGAAGAGACUUUUAUUAUGAAGAGGUGUGUGAAGAAAUGAAACAGUAGAAGAAGAGAAAAUGUGCUUUGUUGUUGAUGUUUUGUCUGUUUUUGUCAUCAGAGGUUGUAGCAGUAUGAAUGAGCAUUACCAACCACAAGCAGAGCACUGUGCCUUACUGUGAGUUCACCUCCCAGAUUCACAGGCCCUGGCCGACUAAAUAGCGUCUCACUGGGUCCCCUGUCAGACCUAUGCUCCCUGUACUUUCCCUUCUGUAAUUCCAGUUAAUGUCUUCAAGUCCCCAUCAUGCAAAAGCUUACUAAAAAAAAUCUAGUUUUAUUCUGAAAAUCAUCUGCUUAAAAUCCAUGACUGCAGAGCCACAAGCAAGUUUUUUCCUGGAAGAGUCUGUGUUGAUGUCUGAAUGGCCAAGAGUCCAAAUUUUGCAAGGCUGUCAUAAUGUCUUUUCAAUCAGUCUGUCUUCUCUUUUUCUUUACCUUCAAGUCUCUUCUGGUCCUUAUUAUAACUCAGAUUCCUCUGUAAGUAGGGGUGUAAUGAUACCUCACAAUACAAUUCAAAACUAAUACAAAUAUGGACAAUUUAAAUCAAUUUGGAAAACGUAUAUUGAGAUGCUCUUAUUUAAACAGCAGAGAGUGCUAUUGUGUUGUUUUGCAACAGUAGCCUAAGAAGAAAGGCUUUUGGAGCUCAACAGUGUUUGGAAGUAAAAUACCUGUCAGUUUUCACCAUAGCAUUCAUGCAUGAUAUUUAUUAUUAAAAGGAAAGCACUGAAAGCUUUCUUGAUGGAAAAUAUAGUUUUGGCUCCACUAAUAGUGAACAACUAUAACAGCUCACAUGAUUUGAUUCAAACAUCUAAUGGGUCACACCUACAAACACCAUGCAUGGGUUGUUACCCUAAAGGAUGUUACAAAAAUGAAAACUGAAAAAAAGGGGAUAAAAUCAUGUAGGGUGUCCAAUAUUGUGAUUCAUAUUGUAUAGUUAGCUGAGAGUAUUAUUACAUUCCUGUCUUUAACCAUCUUUUGCCUCUUAGGUUGUCUAAAGCUGUAAUUUGCCAUUUUCUGGUCACCUUUUAUGUAAAGCCUUUCUCAUUCUGCCAAGCUCUCAAGUCAUUCUGAUCAUCCAUCUGUAACCUGUUCUCCUUCUGUGGUCCUACACUGCUUCGUAACAGUACCUCUGUACGAUCCGAUUCUCCAAUUCGCCACUUUGGCUCAUUCUGCUGUGCUUAUAUUCAACCAAACAAUGGUAUGAUUUGUUUGGUGACACAAAUCUUCAACAGAUCUCCUGUUCUAAACUGUUCUCUGAAAUCUUUUCCUGACAUGUGUCAUGUCUAGUCCGCCAUUGUUCUAUUGACUCUCUUUUUUGAAAUCGCCUCAACACAGCCAGUCUGACUGUUACUGAUAUUAAAUGUGUAACAAGUCAUAUGAAGACUGGCUGUACCGUGGAGGACCUGUUCCUCUUCAUGACCUGUUUUUUUUCUUUUGCCUAGCUUUGGCUGCUUUGUUUCCUGCAGUUUUUCUCGGUAGGUUCAAAACGAUGUCUUCGUACUGUGAACCGACGACUGCACAUAGUAGAAAUUCGCCUCUUGAUAGAAACAGAGCUUCAUCGCUGCUUCCUCUGUGGUCUUAGUUCAAAGACUUUUUCCUCUCGCUUGUAUUUAUUCUUUAAUGAUGAGUGUGAAAUGUUCUCAUGAAUGUCUGAAAAAGCAAAAUGAGUGACCAAUGACAAUAAUAAUGGUGAUGUUGUAAAGUAAUGUUUGUGUAUGUAAGGGAACAGUCUGGCUGUUAUGAUGCUUGAGCCCUGUCUGAACAGCCCACAGCAGAGCACUCUGAAUAAGAUGUUUCCAUUGUACACUUUUUUAAAUGAGUUUAAAUUAUUAUUUUUGAAAUAACGUAAUUAUUCUUUGAUUGUGUCACUGCUAAAUAUGUUUGCUUUAUUUUUUUGUUUCUUGUGUGGAAUCAUAGCUUUGUGAUUUGGGUUUUUAAGGGGGAUACAUGCGUGAGUGUAAGACAAUCAAAAGGCACUGUUUUUUUUUUUUGUUUUUGUUUUUGUUUUUUUUUUGGUUGUUUUUUCCUUCUCCCUUCCAAUAAGAAAAGGCACUAGUACAGAGCUCCUGAAGGGACAUGGAUAGAAAAAAAAUUACAGAGAAGUCUCUGUUGUGUACCAGUCAAUAACCCCUGCUCACAAGAAAAUUUGCUGUGUAUGAUAAAGUCUUAACAUGUUAAAAAAAAAGUUUUAUGCUUACUGUAUGAAAAGUUUCUUGUGCUCACGAAAAAAUUUGACACGUUAACAAGAUAGUUUCACAUGCUGACAAGAUAGUUUCAGGCGAUGAUAAAGUUUCUUGUGCUCAUGAGAAACUUUCAGGUCUGCUGAAAAUGUUUUAAGACCUUACUUAGAGCUUGUCCUCUCAAGAACUUACCGUGCUUAGGGAUGAGUGUUGAAAUCCCCUUCCAAUACAUCUGAUCCUUACCGUAGCAAAUUACAAGACAGAUUUCGGUGCUUCAUUUCGGUACGUCACUCUCCCAAUGUGAUUCCUGUCAUUCCAAAGGAAAGGGACGAAACACAUUAUUUGAAGGAAUUACACCUUUUUCCUUCACUACAUGUGCUAUUGGCGUCUAUUUUCCGAAUCAUGCGCACUACUUAAACAACUUAAUUCAGCUGCCGACUUCUGAAACACUUUUUCUAUUAAGAAUAUCGAUGAGUUCACUGUUAGUGUAAAACGUGGCAAUUUAGCUCCGCUAUCACAAAAAAGACAAAGGAUACCCAAGCUUAAUCAUGCCCACAAAUGUAUCUUGAAUCCAUGAGAAAGUUUAACAUGCUCAGCAUAAAGUUUCAUGUGCUCAUAAGGCAGUUUCACCCGCUUUUUAAAGAAGUUUUGUUUUUUUGAAAUUUACUCAUUUUGUAGUUUAGAGUCACUUGGAGUAGCAUGCACACAAAUGUUCGUAUGCACGCCACUUUUGUUUUCAUCUGACAGCUUAGUGGAAAGAAGACUGAGCAUGCAUGUGUUUCAUUACAAAGUAACAUAUCCAAUACUGACCUUGCAUGUGUACUACAGCUUUUAUAGUCAUUUUCAAAGAGCCUUGAGCCUUUAUCAGAACAAUGUGGUCUGAAUUCAGGACUUUUUAACAAGACAGAGUUAUCAAUGGACAUUUUUGUGAAAAUAACCAAAGUUUUCUCAUGGCAGUUGAAAGCUUUUAAGACAUCUCUGGCCCUCAGAGGAGCGACCAGAAGUUACAAAUUGCUGGAAGCUGUAUGGUGCAUGCACAAAGCUUUCUAGAGAAUGUGAAAAACAUUUUUCUGUAAUGAGUAAAUGUGAGCAUUAUUCUUAAGGUAUCCAGUGGUCAGGUGAGUUUUCUGUGCACACCUUAAACUUAAAUAUUUGUAUUUCUUUUCCCAUGUCCUCUUUGGAGCUCCGUGCAUUAGGAAACAGCCUUUUCCGGGUUAAAUGAGUCAUUUGUUUUGACCAGGUGCAGGUUUUCAUGUUUCCAAAGGUAGAUGUCGCACUAUUUGACAGAGCUGCCAUGCAAGCUUGUGUGUUUCUUUGGGACAGUGUUAACAUUUGGUUUGACCAGAUGGGGGCGCUGUGUCCUCAGCAACAAGGGAAACAGACAAAAGUGCAUGUCAUCUUUUUAUCCUGCAGUUUUUGGACCUCAUGUGUAAGAUUUAAACAACUGUACAUAGGAAGUUAUUAGUGAACAAGAAAAUUUUAUGAAAUAUUUCAGUUUUUGCAAAAAAAACAGCAAAAAUGUCAUGUUGAAAGUCUAUUUAAGCUGAUGAUCAUUUAGACAUCAUGGUAUGGCUGCAGGCAGGUUACACUGCACAUUAUAAUGCUUUUUCACAUGUCUCUGGUCUGACUGUCCCUCCGGACUCUGAUUAACAUUUCUGCUUCUGUUUUUUCUUUUUGUUUUUGUUUUUUUUUGCACUCUGUUUUUCUGUUUUCCCUGCCGUGCUCCUCAGGAACAUCCAGCAGUGCUAGAGAAAAAACAAGUCUGUACACGUCUGCCUAUGUGAGUGGGAGGUUGUUUUUUUUUUUUGUUGUUUUUUUUGUAUUCUUGUUUUUAUUUAAUUUAAUGGUCUGAUUGCACAGGCGGCAGCUCUCGGCUCAUGCAGAGUGAGUAGUGGAGGUCUGUGAGGUGUGCCCACACUGAUGUCCUCUUGUCCACUGAAGGCUAGCUGUAUACAUCAUGCAUUUCAAAAGAAUGAGAUAAAAGCAGUGCUGCAA